UCAUUUCACUUCUCUCUGGCGCUCUCAAACGUGCUGGAGUGCAUCUUUUUCUGGACAACUACAUGAAGCCAAAAAGUAAAGACCUCAUACUAUCUAGCGUAAUCAAAGGAUCCAGAGUUUCUAUCGUAGUUUUCACUACCGAUUUUGCUUGUACAACCUGGAGUUUGAAAGAGCUUGAGAAAAUAAUGGAGUAUCGCAGCAGCAGAGGUCAGCAAGUUGUGCCUGUGUUCUAUGAGGUUGAUCCCAAGGAAGUGUUUAAUCAGAGUGGCCAUUUCGGAGAAGCUUUGUUGGCUACUCUGGCAAGAACUUCAACCAAUCAAGCCAAGGUGGUGAGUUAUAUGACCGCGCUAAAAGAAGCUGCUGCCAUUUCACCAAGGUUUCUCACCAAUUUUCGGGAUAGAAGCAAAACCAUAGAUAGUAUCGUUGGACAUGUUACCUCUUUGCUAGAUUCAACAGCCUUAUUCGUUGCAGAACAUCCAGUGGGAAUAAACUCUCACGUGCAAGAUUUGAUUCAACUGUUAGAUAAUAAGAAAUCAGAUAGUGUUUUCAUUAUGGCAAUAUGGGGUAUGGGAGGAAUAGGUAAAACAACAGUUGCCAAAAUCCUCUACAAUCAAAUUAGUCACAAUUUCGAUGUGAGGAAGUUUGUCCCAGACAUAGAUGAAAGGAUGGAGGAUUUCCCAAGAAGGUGGCCUUUGGGCAUUAUAGAAGAGGAGCUUCUUUUGUUUCUCAAAGAACAAGUUGCAACAAAAGCUUGCAAUUUCGACUCAACAAGUGUUAUAUGGUGGGAAGGAAUUCGUUGUGUAAAGGUAUUGCUUGUACUUGACAAUGUGAGAAGUGAAAAAGAGCUGGAGGUUUUGCCUGUAACUUGUGAAUGCUUUGGUCCUGGGAGUAUAAUAAUCAUCACCACAAGGACUAAACAUGAUCUGUUUAAUGAGAUUGGAAUUAAUCAUGUUUACAGACUGAAAGAAAUGGAUUACAACGAAUGUGUUGAGCUUUUUAGCCAGAGUGCUUUCAAGAAAGCAACUCCUGAAAGGACUUAUGCUGAUCUGAUUAAUCGUGCACUUGAAUAUUCUGAUGGAUUGCCGCUAGCUCUUGUCGCAGUUGGAUCUGUAUUAUUUGAAAGAAGUAGAGUAGAGUGGGAGAGUGUAUUGGAAAGGCUUAAAAGAUUUCCCCUUCAAGAUGUAUGGCAAGUUUUAAGAAAAAGCAUUGAUUCUUUGGGAUAUGAUAUGAAGCAAAUGUUUCUUGUGCUAGCUUAUUUGAGUCAUUUCUUUAUUGGAAUGGACCGAAAUGAUGUUACUCAAAUAUUACAAAAAGCUGGAUGUGAUGUGGUAGUGGCACUAAACGCAAUCAAAGGGCUUGAAGAUCAUAGUCUUGUGUCCUUUGAGAAGGACAAGUUUCGCAUGCAUCGUUUGAUACAAGACAUCGGAAGAGAAAUGUAUCUGAAAGAAUCAUCUAUUAAGCCUCAGCAAAGGCCUUAUGAUGUAUUCUUGAGCUUUCGAGGCAAAGACACUCGUUCCAAUUUCAUGUCACAUCUUCAUGCAUCUCUUGAAAAUGCUAGUAUCUAUGUUUUCAAGGAUGAUGAUGAGGAAGCAAGAGGGGAAAAUAUCUCACUUUCACUUCUAAAAGCAAUUGGAGAGUCUAGAAUUUCUAUCAUCAUUUUGUCACCAAAUUAUGCAGAUUCAAAAUGGUGCUUGCAGGAGUUGGAAGACAUAAUGAGAUGUUAUAAUAAUCAAACUCAAAAGGUGUUGCCAGUGUUCCACCAUGUUGAUCCAUCAGAAGUGCGAAAUCAAGCUGGUAGAUUUGGAGAGGCUUUUGAAGAAUUUAUAAAGAAAAACCCCCAAAAUAAAGUCAAAGAGCAGGAUUGGAGGAAAGCACUCCGUGAUGUAGGCUCCACUGCUGGAUUUGUUGUUCAAAAUUGGAGGAAUGAAAGUGAGGAUAUUAAGAAGAUUGUUGAACAUGUUACUCAUAUGCUAGACAUGAAUGAAUUGUUCAUUGCUAAUCAUCCAGUAGGAGUAGAAUCUCGUGUAAAAGAGCUGAUUGAACUACUAAAAAGCCAUCAUUCAGAAGAUCCUCUACUAUUAGGCAUAUGGGGCAUGGGAGGGAUUGGUAAAACAACCAUUGCCAAAGCAGUUUAUAAUAAAAUUUGCCGUCAGUUUGAUGGUCGAUGUUUCCUCUUAAAUAUCAGGGAAGUUUGGGAUCAAGAUAAUGGAGGCCUUCAUUUGCAGCAGCAACUUCUUUCUUCUGUCUAUAAGACAACAAAAAUAAAGAUACAGAACAUGGAAUCUGGAAAAUCAAUAUUAGAGAAAAGGCUUGGACAGAAAAGGAUACUUGUUGUACUUGAUGAUGUGGAUAAAUUGGAGCAACUUAAUGCUUUGGCUGCAAGCUAUAAAUGGUUCUGUCCAGGGAGUAUAAUAAUCAUCACAACAAGAGAUGAAAGACUUCUUAGUUGGCUUGAAAUUGACAAAAGAUAUAAAAUGGAAGGGUUGAAUGAGGAAGAAUCUAUUGAACUUUUCAGUUGGCAUGCAUUCAAAGAACCACGUCCUAGGAAAAAAUUUGCUACACUUUGUGGUGAAGUUAUUUCCUAUUGUGGGAAUUUGCCAUUAGCUCUUGAGGUCAUUGGGUCACAUUUGUUUGAAAGAGGAAUAAAAGAGUGGAAGAGUGUCUUGAACAAACUCAAAAGCAUUCCCAAUAAAGAAGUGCAAAAGAAGCUUAAGAUAAGCUUUGAUGGUUUAAGUGAUGACAAAGAUAGAGAAAUAUUCCUUGAUAUAGCUUUUUUCUUUAUUGGAAUGGACAAAAGUGAUGUCACUGAUAUACUAAAUGGUUGUGGACAUUCUGCUGGAAUUGGAAUAAGUAUUCUUUUGGAGCGAUGUCUUGUAACUGUUGACACUAAGAAUAAACUUCGAAUGCAUGGUUUGCUGAGAGACAUGGGAAGAGAAAUCAUUCGCGAGAGUUCUCCAACAACACCUGAAGAACGUAGUAGGUUAUGGUAUUCAGAGGAUGUGCUUGAUGUAUUAUCAAAAGAAUUGGGAACAAAAACUACCGAGGGAAUUGCUUUGAAGUUAUCAAGAAUGAAUCCAAUUUGUUUGAAGACCAAAGCAUUUAAGUACAUGAGGAGACUCAGAUUGCUUCAACUUGCUGGUGUGCAACUUAAAGGAAACUUCAAACACCUUUCGACAGACCUUCGAUGGCUAUGCUGGCAUGGAUGCCCUUCAAGAUAUACAGAAGCAAACUUUGAUCAAAGAAAUUUAGUUGCCAUUGACUUAAAAUAUAGCUACCUCCAACAUGUAUGGAAGAAGGGCCAGAUGAUGAAGAAACUGAAGAUUCUCAAUCUUAGUCAUUCCGAACACUUGACACAUACUCCAGACUUUUCAUACUUGCCCAAUCUUAAAAAGUUAAUACUCAAAGAUUGUCCAAGAUUGUGUUCAAUCUCCCACACCAUUGGACAUCUCAAACGAAUUCUUCUAAUCAACUUGAAAGAUUGUACAAGCCUUCGAGUGCUUCCGAAAAGCAUCUACAAAUUAAAAUCUCUCAAAACUCUCAUUCUAUCUGGAUGUACAAAGAUUGACAAAUUGGAAGAGGACUUAGAACAAAUGAAAUCUUUGACAACAUUGAUGGCAGAUAACACUGCUAUAACCAAAGUUCCCUUUGCACUACCAAGAUUAAACAACAUUGUUUACAUUUCUUUGUGUGGGUUCGAAGGAUUGUGUCGUAAUGUGUUUCCUUCAAUCAUCUGGUCAUGGACCUCUCCAACAAAUAAUCUCUCACCCCAAAUGCAUACAAAUUUGGACCUGUCAAAUCUUGUUUCCAUAAUGGUAUCCAAUAGCAGUAGUUCCCAUGCAGGCCUAUCAUCCAUCAUUAAAGAGCUUCCAAAGGUUCAGAAUCUUCAAUUGGAAUGUGGCUCACAACUAAACAUAUCAGGAAAUGUAAAUUUAGUUUCUUCUAAUGUCACAAAUUUUAAGGAACUGGAAGCACCAUCAAGAACAUCACAUGUCUCAAAUAUGAAUACCUCAGCAUUAGGUGGUUGUUGCAGUGAAGGUUACAUUUCUAGAUCAGAGAACUCCUUGAAUAUCAUUUUAAUCCGAAUGGGAAUGAAUUGCUUAAUCACAAAAGCACUCAUUCAGAGAAUUUCACAGAAGCUUACUAGCAAUUUAGCUGGAGAUUUUUUGCUUCCUGGAAACAACAAUCCUGAUUGGUUAACCUUCAGCAGUGAAGGUUCUUCUGUGAGUUUUGAAGUUCCAAAAGUUAAUGGCCGCAGCUUGAAGGCGGUGAUAUUGUGCAUUGCUUACUCUUCUUCCUCAAACAUCAUUCCAUCUGAAGGAAUAAGUCUAAAGAAUAUGAUGAUCAUAAAUUACACAAAAGCCACCACUCAUGUCUAUGAGGGAGAUACCUUGUCUUCACUUAAAGGUGAAGACUGGCAGAGUGUCUUAUCAAAUCUUGAUGCCAGUGACAAAGUGCAGGUUGUUGCUGUUGUUUUGGGGUAUGGAUUCACAGUGAAGGAAACAACAGUUUAUCUCAUAUAUGAUGAUCCAAUUGACCAAACCAUGAAGCAACAGGAUGAAGGUAUUGUUUCUGGUAAUGAUAUGGUAGCAGAUGAAAAUGUAAUUGUCCAUGGUGGAGAUGAAAAAGAAGAAUUUAAACUCCUUAGAAAGAGAAAAUUCCAAGAGUAUGAUGAUACAUCUAGUGAAGAUGACAGAGUGGGAGAUGUUUAGAUGAUCAUCAAGAAGUAUUACCACUUAGCUUGUUAGUUUGAGCUGAAGCUGUAGAUUAACCGUAGGUUAAGAAAUAAAAUUUAAUCUGGGAUUUAUUUGUUUUAUGUCCUAAAGGCACAUUCUAAGAAUAUAAUGAUAGACA